GGGCUAGGGGAGAAAUGAAGUUGUGCUAAAAGGGCUUUUAGCCAUCAAGAAGUUAUUAGGCAUUUCUCAGCCGCAAAUUAGGGAUUCUUCAUUAAUACCGAGCGCGCCCCCCCACUGCCACCCCCCCCCCUGCCCACACCAUCUCGCCCCCCCCCCCCGGUUUUGCGAAAGAGGGAGAGCCUGGGAGCCGAUAAAGGGGCUGGGGAGGCGGCAAUGUCUGCCUGCCAUCGGUGUCAGGAGCAGUGACAGGCGCAAACUUUUCCCUGUACCAUUAAUGAGCCAAUUAAAGAGUUGGGCUCCUCGCCCCGGGAGAGCUCUCCGCAGGCUGCCGGGCUCAGGCACUCAAGAGGCUCCCAGGAAGUCACCCAGCGCCCUGGAAAGCAGCGUUUCGGGGCUCGGAUUGACAGCAGACCACGGGAAGAAACGGGAUUAUGAUGAGGCUCUGCCGAGGAGCUCUGCUGCCCGCCAUGAUUGCUUGGAGUUUCUGAGCUGCAUUGGAUAAAUGCCUUCUCCCAUGUGAUUGACUCUGCUUUCAGAGAAUUAUUGGUAAAGGUUGAUUUUUCUUUUAAGAACACCUCUCUGGUCUUCAAUUUUUGUUUGCAUUCUACACAAGUGAACGGCGUGAGAGCCAUGGCUGCGCUCGGAACCACAGCGUGAUGCUCCGGAGAGAUGAAGCACAGCUGAAAGUUUCCCUUCCACCUUUGGAUGAAUUUCUGGAGUUUAAAUUGUAGGAAGAAAGGGGGGAAGAAAACAUCAUGAAAGAGAAGUCCAAAAAUGCCGCCCGGACUAGACGGGAGAAAGAAAACAGCGAAUUUUAUGAACUGGCUAAAUUACUACCCCUGCCCUCCGCUAUCACCUCUCAGCUGGACAAAGCAUCCAUAAUCAGACUCACCACCAGCUAUUUAAAAAUGAGGGUGGUUUUUCCAGAAGGACUCGGAGAAGCCUGGGGCCACUCCAGCCGAACCAGCCCGCUGGAUAACGUUGGACGGGAACUGGGAUCCCAUCUUUUGCAGACCUUGGACGGUUUCAUAUUUGUCGUGGCUCCGGAUGGCAAGAUAAUGUACAUCUCAGAGACCGCCUCGGUGCACUUGGGCUUGUCACAGGUAGAGCUGACUGGCAACAGCAUUUAUGAGUACAUCCACCCUGCCGACCACGACGAGAUGACCGCAGUGCUCACAGCCCACCAGCCCUACCACUCGCAUUUCGUGCAGGAAUACGAGAUCGAGAGGUCGUUUUUCCUGAGGAUGAAGUGCGUCCUGGCCAAGAGGAACGCGGGUCUGACCUGCGGAGGCUACAAGGUUAUUCACUGCAGCGGGUACCUGAAGAUCCGCCAAUACAGCCUAGACAUGUCCCCCUUCGAUGGCUGCUAUCAAAACGUUGGCUUGGUCGCCGUGGGCCACUCGCUGCCACCCAGCGCCGUGACGGAGAUCAAGCUCCACAGCAAUAUGUUCAUGUUUCGGGCCAGCCUAGACAUGAAGCUCAUAUUCUUAGAUUCCAGGGUAGCUGAGUUAACAGGUUACGAGCCCCAGGACUUGAUAGAGAAGACCCUUUACCACCAUGUCCACGGCUGUGACACCUUCCACCUGCGAUGCGCACAUCACUUGUUGCUGGUGAAGGGACAAGUGACCACCAAGUACUAUCGCUUCCUGGCCAAGCACGGCGGCUGGGUCUGGGUGCAGAGCUACGCCACCAUCGUGCACAACAGCCGCUCCUCCCGCCCGCACUGCAUCGUCAGCGUCAACUACGUCCUCACGGAUACUGAAUACAAAGGACUGCAGCUCUCCCUGGACCAGGUCACUGCCACCAAGCCAACGUUCUCCUACGCAAAUUCAACUCCAGCCAUAGCAGAUAACAGAAAGGGAAGCAAGUCUCGCCUCUCCAGCACCAAAUCUAAAUCAAGGACAUCACCAUACCCACAGUAUCCAGGAUUUCCCACGGAGCGAUCCGAGUCGGACCACGAGAGCCAGUGGGGAGGGAGCCCCCUGACCGACACAGCCUCCCCGCAGCUGCUGGAGCCCGCGGACAGACCCAGCUCCCAGCACCACGACGUCUCCUGCGCCUACCGGCAGUACUCAGACCGCGGCGCUCUCUGCUACGGCUUUGCCCUGGAGCACUCCAGGCUGGCUGAGGACAGACAUUUCCACACGCAGGCCUGCGACGGGGGCAGGUGUGAAGCUGGUCGCUAUUUCCUCGGCACGCCGCAGCCGGGCCGGGAGAGCUGGUGGGGGUCUCGUUCGGCACUGCCUCUCACCAAGUCGUCCCCUGAGAGCAGAGAAACCUAUGAAAACAGCAUGCCCCACAUCACGUCGGCACACAGGAUCCAUGGCAGAGGACACUGGGAUGAGGACAGUGUGGUUAGCUCACCUGAUCCUGGCUCUGCCAGUGAGUCGGGCGACCGAUACCGCCCUGAGCAAUACCAGAGCAGCCCACAUGAGCCCAGCAAAAUCGAGACUCUGAUCCGAGCCACCCAGCAAAUGAUCAAAGAGGAAGAGAACAGACUCCAGCUGCGGAAAGCCACCCCUGACCCCCUGGUGUCCAUCAAUGGCACGGGCAAGAAGCACGCCCUCUGCUUCGCAAGCUACCCCCAGCAGCAGCUGGCAGGAGACGUUUGCCGCGUCCCGACGGUUGCCAACACUCCUCCUUGUGAGCACCUCCAGCAACGAGAUGGGAAGAUCAUGAGCCCCCACGAAAAUGACUAUGACAACAGCCCCACCACGCUCUCGAGGAUGAGCAGCCCCAGCUCUGACCGAAUAUCCAAGUCGAGUUUGGUGCUGGCUAAAGACUACCUGCACUCAGACCUGUCCCCUCACCAGAACCCGGGGGAGCACCCAGCAGCCUCCCCCAAUUACUACAGCUCGCACAGGCAGUACUUUGACAAGCACUCUUACACCUUGACUGGCUAUGCCCUGGAGCAUCUAUAUGACACUGAGACCAUUAGAAACUAUUCCCUAGGCUGCAACGGGUCACACUUUGAUGUGACUUCUCACUUAAGGAUGCAGCAAGACCCUGCACAAGGACACAAGGGCACCUCUGUUAUAAUCACCAACGGAAGCUGACGCUUUUGUUUUUGUGGUCUAAAAACUUCUGUCCUUUAAACAAAAGAUAACCUUUGAGAUCUAAUUGGAAGAUACUCUCUGUUUUCAUGCCCUUGUCAUUACCAGCAUUUGAUAUACCACAGUGCACUAGAAAGAAUAAUUUGAGGCUUGGGGGGAUAAGUUAAAAAAUAGAAAUGCCCUGGCAGGCAGGGUGAGAAUGAAAGGAGCUAAAUGCCAAGCUGGUGCCAUGCAUGCUGAGAAGGAUGGAAGAGGUCUAGGCAGGGAAUGCUUGGAGCAGGCUGACAGAGCAAUCUUUGUACCUUGUGCAAGGGGUGGUUGUUUGGAAAUGCUGCCAUGGGCAGACCUGAACUGUGUGUGCCCCACGGGUCCCAGCCAACCAAACUGCUAUGCACUGUUUCUGGACAGAAAGCUGGGAGGUGUUCCUGCAAAACACACAUCAAAAUGUGUGUUUCAGGGGAGCUGCUGAUUCCCCAGGGGCCAGGUGUGCUGGGCUGGUGAUUCCCUAGGGGCCAGGUGUGCCAGGCUGUUCCAUGGUGAAAAGCUUCCAUGGCUAAUCAAGGUGAAAUCAGAAAAGGGAAGAAAGAAGAGAGAGCUACUCCUGUUAUUUCCUUGUGUACUCACAGGCAUAGCUGCUUACAGGUGCUUGAUCUGCAAUGAGUCCAGUGAGCAGUGUCCUUAUCAUUAGCAGGAUCAAGUAUUUAUUGCUGCUGUAUUUGAAAGAAAGAGAGCCUUUCUCAGCAGGGUUUUGAGGAGUACAUGGGGCUUGGCCAUCUUGAUGUAGAGGUUGGAGAUUGUCCUCAUGUUUAUGGAUGUUCUGGGUGGGUAAUAGAGUGAAAUGGAAAAAACAAUGUUGGGAGAAACAGGCUGGGAUUAGGAGUGGUCCAGGCUAGCACACACAUUUAAGCCCAUGGUUAUGGGUGCCCUAUAGUAAUGAUUAUAAAGCAAGGAAAAGUUGUUUUAAGUGGCCAAAUAGUUAAGAAUGAAUUUGAAACACGGGAGGAACUCAAUAGAAUUGUGGGAAUUUUGCUGUAAAAUACAAAAGAAAUUGCAUAAGUGCAAACUUAGAGGUGGGAAUAGGCAAAGCCUCUCUUGUGGUUUGUCCUGAUAAAGUUUUGGAGUAAAUUAAGAAAGCUUAGGAAAUUGUAACUCCUCUGUCUGAGAUAGAGGAAAAUAAUAGGUGUGACUUGGAGGAAGAGCUGUGCAUUCUUUUCUUGCUUGCAGCAGAGGAUCUAAUGAGCAUCAGAAGAUAUUAGGGAUGUCAAAGUCCAUCCUAAGUGCAUACAUAAAAUACUGAGGGGAGUCAGGGUUCUGAGAAGCUGAGUUGUGUCAAGUGCUGAUAGUCUCAGGGCCUGUCCUACAGUCACAGGAGACAUCAAAGGAGGCAGAGAAAUGCUUUGCAGUUUUUAAUGACCUCAUGAACAGAGAGGCACUAAUUGGUUGGAAAAGAGUAAACAAGAAACAUGUGCUAAAAGAAAGUCAGCUGGGGCAUCUGGGGGCAUCCCUGCUGGUCCUGCCCUUCUCUGUUUUGGUGUUUAGAUGAAGUGUCCAAGUGCCACAGGAGCAGGACCACCUCUCCCUAUCACACCAGUGUGGAGGUGGUGGGAGUUGAGGUGAUUACUGAAAUGAGAUUAGCAUUAAAUGUGGCUUCAUUUGUCCCAUUAGGGAGCUCAACAUAUGGGCCUGAAUCAUCAGUGGGCCUAAAUCUAAACCAGCAGGCUAUGAGCGGGUUAAAAAUAUCUUAUUUUCAAAUAAAACUAAUCAGAAGCAAAAGCUAAACAAUAACAUCAUAAGUAGAGAUGCACUUGAAAGCAGAGGAAAUUACCUCUCUGAACUUGGACUGUUGUGCAUAGUCCUGCUCCCUCCAAGGCAGAUUGUGAAUCUUGACUUGAGUAGUACCUUGCUCCGUGAGCAACCUUUGUUGAUCGCUCCUGGUGAAAUGUACAUUGGGCACAAGGCAGAACAACACAGUCUGGUCCUCAUUAUCCAAACCUCAGAAUAGCAAAGGUGGAACAGAGCUCAGCAAAAAGAUAAAGAGACUGGAAGCUCUAAUAAAAACUUAAAAUAAA